AUGCCUGGAAAAAUUAAAGUUAAAGUUUUAGCUGGACGCAACUUGCCGGUAAUGGACCGAGCAGGCGAUACGACUGAUGCUUUCGUGGAGAUCAAAUUUGGGGGUAUUACCCACAAGACUGAUGUCUGUCGGAAGUCUUUGAACCCCCAUUGGAGUAGUACUGAGUGGUAUAGGUUUGAGGUUGAUGAAUCAGAACUUCAAGAUGAGCCUCUACAGUUAAGACUGAUGGACCACGAUACGUACUCGGCGAACGACGCGAUUGGCAAGGUCGUUAUAAGCCUAGCACCCCUCCUCGCUAGAGAGGCUAACAAUGCGAAGGGAAUUGGAGGUCCGCCUGGAGGAGCAGUAAUGUCUGGCUGGAUCCCGGUGUUCGACACAAUGCACGGGAUCCGAGGGGAGUUGAAUGUUAUCGUAAAAGUGGAACUCUUUUCUGACUUCAACAAGUACAAGACGUCCAGUUGCGGUGUACAGUUUUUUCAUUGUCCUAUGAUACCGCCUGGAUACAGAGCGGCGGCCAUCCACGGUUUCGUUGAGGAGCUAAUAGUAAAUGACGAUCCCGAGUACCAAUGGAUUGACAAGAUCAGGACUCCACGGGCCUCUAACGAAGCUAGGCAGGUUGCCUUCAUCAAACUGAGUAAUCAGGUGCAACGGCUGGUGGGAUUAAAAGCGGCGGAAUUGGGCGCCAACGCAGUGGUGGGCUACCAGCAGGACUUCGACUUGGAGGGGGAGGCCGGUGUUGUAGCGAGGGCCAUCGGCACUGCUGUCAGCAUAACGCCUCUACCUACACCAAGUCAGCCCAUUAAUAUGCCACCCUGUUCGCAACAGCAAUUAAGAAAAUAUUUGGAUAUUUUGGCUAACGACGACGAGAGUGUCUCAGAUCUCACCGAGUACUAUCAAAAUCAUCAGGAUGAAUUGCUAAAACUUCUCAAUAUCCUAAAUCCCAAAGCUCCAUAUUUACUAGAUGAGCCGGAUAAUUUAGAUGAGGACGAUAAAAGUGUGGAACUAGUAAAGGAACCGGUUGCAAGGAAUUAUGGUGGCGAUCGUUCAAUUUAUCAAGAAGACUAUGUAUCCAAGCAAAGCUUAAGACAUCUUUCGGAGGAUCAAACUGAUCUUAAUAGAUUGUUAAAUAGAUCCAGCGACUAUGAUUCCGAUAGCUCGGGACCUUUGCAAAAGAUAAAAAAGAUAAAAAUCAAUUUCUUUACAAAAAGAUUUUCAGUUUCACGAUCCCGAAAAACGGAAAAACAAGACGAUCAAAUAUCUUUAAAAUCAAACUCUUCUGAUAAUUCACGUAUAUCUAUAACUGAUAUAAAGAAUGAAUUCAAGAAAUUAAAACGGUUGAAGAAGCCUAAAAUACUCAAGGUAAUCAAUAAGGAAGAGGAAGGUAUAGGCAUGGCGUCUAUAUUGGCUAGAUCAGUAAUUCACGCGCAAACGAGUCUAGCAUGUAUUGCUGAAUCUCAAGAUUCUGAACAUUCGCCCGCCUCAACAAUGAGACACAUUAGUGAAUCUGAACCCACCAUAAACUUUUCAGAUGAAGAAAAAAAUAAAGGAGAUUUAGAUCGUAAUUCUACAAAAGAUACAUUGAAUGACAAUAAAACAGUGAUACCAGAAAUAUGCUGUUCAUCAUUAGAAAACAUUAAAAGUGAAAACUAUGAGGGAAAGGAUAGUAAAAUUCAAAGAGAGUUAUCUGAAUCAUGUCCAACUACACCUAUGGUAAUUCGAAGCGAUAAUCUUCUAAAGUUGCCUGAAGAAGGUGAUUUUUAUGGUUCAGUAUCAUCUGCUUUGUCUGGGCGUAGUUCAGAAUAUACGAGUUCAGAUGAAGAUGAUGAAAGUUCCGAGUUGAAAACAGAUACCGAAAGAACAAUUGAAACAACAAGUUCUGUCGUAGAAUCCGUUUUGAGUCGCAAUACGGAUCCUAAUUUGAUUGCGCAAGCGGAAAGGAAACUUUCUUCCCUUGAAAUUAAUUCUGGCGAUGGUAAAGUACAUAAAAUUCAAGAUGGCAACAAUGAGGAAAAUGGAAAUAAUGACGUUAAAACUAUGGGCUCUACAUCAAAUGGCUGUGUUGUAAUUUUAGAAGAAUGUAACUGUAGCGAUGUUAAUAAGAAAGAUAAUGCAGAAGAAAAAUCUAUAACAGAUAAAAUUAAUGUAAAUAUAAAUGUUCCGAAUAGUUCAGAUGCGGCCUGCCUUAAAAACAAGUGCGUAACUAAAAAGUCAAGUAACCAUAUUAGAAUGAAUAAUCCUUUUGCUCAUAAAAAAGCUUCUAAGAGCGUUAGCGCACCUUCCUCCCCAGUAGACAGAAAAGGCUUUGUAUAUCGUUCAUCGAAGCGAAUAAAGCGUCAACUAACCAAGAUUACGAAGAGCAGUAUGAUCAAAAGCUUAUCUCAUUAUACCCUUAGACCAAAGAAAACGCACGAGGAUCCUAAAACUGCUAUGAGUCACCCCGGCUCCGCUUCUAAUGUUACUUCAAAGGCGCCUAGCGAAACAGUCUUAGGUUCUCCUUUUCUUUCGUAUACAGACUUACUUAGCCUUGAUAGACAGGGCUUCGAGGCAAAUACUCGACUUCAUAAAAGCGAUGAAACGGGAAUUGCAAAGUUUUCAAUGUAUAUUGGGUCAGAACCAGUCUCGCGUACAUCUUUCAGUGGUCCUUCCGGACACCACAGCAAAAGUCAAAGUUUUCGUGAACAGCGGUCACACAAAAAAGAACGAUCAGCCCUUAAACCGACUGGUUUGAUCCACACUGCGAUGGAAACUAUUUUAAUGGAUAAAGUUCAGUCUUUGUUGAUACCUACAUCGCCCGACCCAAUCCAAAGUAAUGAUCAGAAAUUUUUUGAUGAUUUGAACGAAAAAUUGGAAGAAGUGGAGGUAUCAAGAAAAAAAAUUGAACAGAGGCAAUUAGAAAGUGAAAUAAUUAGGGAUAAUAAAAAUGAAAUCGACUCUUUAAAAGAUAAGAAAAAACUUGUCAGACAAGACAGUAUUCAUUCAACUGCUGAAACUGGAGAGUCGUCCAAAUUGUCCAAUAAUUUAGAACCUAACCACAUCAUUCCAUGCAAGUUAACAAACACACCGGUAUUGCAACACUUUCAUCCCAUACUUAGUGGCACUCCUUUAGAGUCCAUACCAUCGCUGCCCGAGAGCAGUAUGGAUCGCGUUGAGAGUUUAGAUGUAGAGGGCGUAGACGAUAAGUGUGAGAGUGGAACUAACAGUGCUAGCGUGUGUGGUAACUUGCAUGCAGCGUGCCGUUUUGACAGGAGCGAGCGGGAUAGAGAUAAGAAUGAAAAGGAGAAAGGGUCACCGAGACAUGCUCGCCAUGAAUCGUAUGGCGGUCGGGAACCGGUGGCCGGAGCUACUGCGCAGAAUGCUUCAUUAAACUCUUCAUCAAUACCAGUUGGAAUAUCACACAGAAGGUCUUCAGAUUCCGACUUAAGCAUCACGCCUAAAGGAAGUUCCUUAAAUGCCUCCGUGGGAAACGCUGGUAGUGGUGGUGGUGCAAUUCUAAGGCCGUCCAUGAACAGCAAUAAUCUGGAUAUGCUGGAAUAUCCCUUCCUAACUAUGACUGAGUACCCUCCCGGGUUUAUUGUGCAUAUAGGUGGUACGGUUUGCGCGCGGUCGGUGAAAUUAGUGGAUGGUGGCGGAGAGAGCGCUGCGCGUGCGGCGUGGUGGGCAGAACUACGUACCGAGCUGCGUGCGCACGCGCGUGCGCUGCGCUGCACUGCCGUGCUGGCCUACUGCGAGCGCGUGGCCGUGAGAGAAGAUGUUUGCGUUUUGUCAGCUUCGGGGACGGCUGCAGUUAUUAAUUUGGACUGCGAUUUCGUCAGUGAUGAAACUCCUGUCACAGUCGGUGGCAGCCGCGUGGUGCUGGAGGAGGCGGAGGAGGCGGAGAGCUGCGGCGCGGCGCACGUGCCCUACUGCGCCGGCGCGCCGCCCUAUCGCGCCGAAUUGGCGCCCUGUGGCGGCUGCCGACGAGCUCGAGUCCCUACAGUAUUGUUGGCAACCUGCGCUAAGCCCAGCCGACUGGUUUCUUACCCUAUAGCCGUCACUAUCACGGCCGUGGCGGCUCGAGUGCGGCGUGCGCCGCCCGCCUCCGAGCCGGGAGCUCGCGACAUCUCCGACCAGCUGCCGUUCCUCGAGUACGAGCUGCACAAGCUGCUGCUGGCCAAGCUGAGGAUGCAGCCCGCCUCGGAGCCGGGAGCUCGCGACAUCUCCGACCAGCUACCGUUCCUUGAGUACGAGCUGCACAAGCUGCUGUUGGCCAAGCUGAGGAUGCAGGGCGCAAAUGCGAUAUUUUCUCUACAAACACAGAUAGCAAUCGGCGAACGCUGUGUGAUGGCGCUAGCUAGCGGUACAGCGAUGCGGUUGGUUGCGCUGCCAGCGCCCACACCUCCUACAAUCAAAGCAUCUGAAAACGACAAAAACGCGUUGGAAAUUCAAAAAGCGCUGCGGGACACCUUCCAUGCCAAUUUAAUCGCCAAUGGAUACGACGUGGGUCCCCCGGAGCAGGGUUGCAAUGGUGGGGCAGCAGAGACUGAAGAACCACCAGUACUCGACUUAUGUGUCGAUAAAGAUGCCUGUCUGUUAGAAUUAGACGAAACUGAAGAUGUGGAAACUGCUAAGUCGUUGUGUGUGCGCCACACCGGCAUGCAGGUGUACACUCCCGCAUUGCGUGCUGCCCGGGGAGCUCCGCCGCACGCCUUCAUGCAGGUGUGGCGCGCGCGGUUGGGGGGGUGCGGGGGGCGGUGGCGGCGGUGGGGAGCGGCUGGCGGCACGCGCGCUGGCCGGCGCCGCGUACAAGCUGCGGCGCCUGCAGCCCGCCGCGCUCGCAACGCCCUCCUUCCACCUGGACCUGCCCGAGGUACGUACUGUAUAUACGUACUGCUAAUGAGCGACUGGCGGCGCGUGCGCUGGCCGGUGCCAUGUACAAGCUGCGGCGCCUGCAGCCCGCCGCGCUCGCCACGCCCGCCUUCCACCUGGACCUGCCCGAGGUACGUACUGUACGUACGUACUGCCACUGAGCGGCUGGCGGCGCGUGCGCUGGCCGGUGCCACGUACAAGCUGCGGCGCCUGCAGCCCGCCGCGCUCGCCACGCCCGCCUUCCACCUGGGCCUGCCCGAGCGGCUGGCGGCGCGUGCGCUGGCCGGUGCCACGUUCAAGCUGCGGCGCCUGCAGCUGGCCGCGCUCGCCACGCCCGCCUUCCACCUGGACCUGCCCGAGGUACGUACUGUACGUACUGCUACUGAGCGGCUGGUGGCGCGUGCACUAGCCGGUGCCACGUACAUGCUGCGACGCCUGCAGCCCGUCGCGGUCGCCACGCCCGCCUUCCACCUGGACCAGCCCAAGGAUGAAAUACAGUUGGUGGUAUCAGGCACUGCCAUACCGUUGAUUGGGGCAGGUCGUAUGGAAGUACCAAACGGUACUCAAGGCUCAACCCCUCCAGCUGAGCCCGAUGAUGAUAUUUUUGCGCUUGAUGAAGAACACCUUGUUAAGGCACCACCAGAACUGGUGGAAAAUAAGUCGAAUGCUGGACAGGGGAGCGCGCGCGUGUGCGUGACGACGCUGAGCAGCGUGGAUGGGGCGCGCGCGCGCCGCGUCUGCGCGCUACGGCUGCUGUUCGUGCGCGAGACCACCGCCGUGCGUGAGCUGGGCGGCCUCAGCGGCUUCCUGCACACCUUCGCCUGCGAGGUAAACGUGCGCGAGCUGGGUGGUCUCAGCGGCUUCCUGCACACCUUCGCCUCCGAGGUAAACGUGCGCGAGCUGGGUGGUCUCAGCGGCUUCCUGCACACAUUCGCCUGCGAGGUAAACGUGUGUGUGCUGCGACUGUUGUUCGUUCGCAACACAACCGCCAUGCGUGAGCUGGGUGGCUUCAGCGGCUUCCUGCACACCUUCGUCUGCGAGGUAAACGUGCGCGAGCUGGGCGGCCUCAGCGGCUUCCUGCACACCUUCGCCUGCGAGGUAAACGUGCGCGAGCUGGGUGGUCUCAGCGGCUUCCUGCACACCUUCGCCUGCGAGGUAAACGUGCGCGAGCUGGGUGGCCUCAGCGGCUUCCUGCACACCUUCGCCUGCGAGGUAUACGUGCGCGAGCUGGUCGGCCAAAGCGGCUUUCUGCACACCUUCGCCUACGAGGUAAACGUGCGCGACCCGGGCGGCCUCAGCGGCUUCCUGCACACCUUCGUCUGCGAGGUAAACGUGUGUGCGCCGCGGCUGCUGUUCGUGUGCGAGACCACCGCCGUGCGCGAGCUGGGCGGCCUCAGCGGCUUCCUGCACACCUUCGCCUGCGAGAUAAAAACGCCACACCUUCGCCUGCGAGCCAUAGUGCGUGCGUAUACUGCAGCAUUGGGUGGGAACGCGCUCACAUCUUUCUACAUAACGCAGCUCAUGUUGCAAGACAACGCGCACAAGAAUCAGGGACAGUGUCUGCUCUCAGUUGGCGGAGAUGUUGUUCACGUCACUUAUUAA